AUGCAGCCGAGCAACAGCGCCAUGAGCCUCAACCUGCCGCUGCGCACCAGCAACAGCCGCCGCAACCAGGACAGCCGCAACUACUUUACGAGCUACACGCCGCCGAGCUCGACCGAGGCCAUCAAUGGGCCCGUCAGGGAGCCGGCGCGCGAGCAGCCGCCCAUAAGCGACAGGCUGAUUGUGGGCGUCGAUUUUGGGACCACAUUUUCGGGCGUCGCGGCCGUUUACACCUCUACCCCCGACGACAUUGAAAUCAUCAAGACGUGGCCAGGCGGCAAUGGCAUCACGUCGGACAAGGUCCCCACCGAGAUUGCCUACGACUUCCCGGCCAACUCGACCCCGGGAUCCGAACCGACGGCGAAAUGGGGCUUCCAGUUCAGGCCCGAGGAGUCGCGGCUGCGGUGCAUCAAGCUGUUCCUCGACCGCUCCCAGAAGCUGCCCUUCUACGUCAGCCCGCUCGACACGGCCGCCCAGCUGAAGCGCUUCAACAAGAACGUCGUCGACGCCGUCAGCGACUACCUGACCCAGAUAUACAAGCACACCAUGGACACGCUGACCCGGCGGUACGGCGAGUCCUUCAUGGCGUCGACCAAGGUCGAGUUUGUCCUGACCUGCCCGGCCGUCUGGAGCGACGCCGCCAAGAACACGACGCUGCAGGCGGCCGAGCGGGCGGGCAUGGGGAGCCGGUCCGAGAUUCAGAUGAUUAGCGAGCCGGAGGCGGCGGCCGUCUACACGCUCAAGGCCAUCCAACCGAACCACCUCAACGUCGGGGACAAUUUCAUCGUCUGCGACGCGGGUGGCGGCACGGUAGACCUUAUCGCGUACAAAAUCAUGUCCCUCAAGCCGCUCCGCGUCGAAGAGUCGGCCGUCGGCACCGGCGGCCUCUGCGGCAGCGCGUUCCUCAACUACAGAUUCGAAGAGCACGUCAGGAGCAGACUCGGCCAGACGCGCUUCGACGAGAUGAAGACGAAAAAGGGCAAGACGUGGCAGAUGGGCCUCAAGUACUUUGAGGAGUUUGUCAAACGUAACUUUAACGAGGACGAGUAUCAGGAGGUCAACGUUCCGUUCCCGGGCCUUCCCGACGACGAAGAGGCCGGCCUCGACUCGGGGUUCCUGGUCAUGACCGGGGACCAGAUCAAGGACAUCUUUGAGCCGGUGGUCAAGGAGGUGUGCGACCUGGUGUACGGGCAAGUCGAGAACCUGCGGGCCAAGGGCGGCAUCGUGUCGGGUAUCGUGCUGGUCGGUGGCUUUGGCCAGAGCGACUACCUGUACCGGCGGCUAAAGCAGCACUUUACGAGCGCGGCGCCGCCCCCGUAUAGCGAGCGGCCGACACACGCGAGCGCGAGCGCGACACAGGACGGUGGGUCAAUCGAGGUGAUGCAGCCCGUGUACGCGUGGACGGCCGUGGUGCGUGGGGCGGUGCUGCGCGGGCUCGAGGGCAACAUGGUCAUCUCGCGCAAGUCGAGGAUGCACUACGGCACGUCGUACGCGACCGUCUAUGACGAGGAGAAGCACUCGGUCAGCGAGCGGUACUGGUCGCCGCUGUGGGAGCGGUGGAUGGUGUCGGACCGGAUGCAGUGGCACAUUGCCAAGGGCGAGGCGCUCUCGCCCCUUUCGCCGAUUGCGUUUCACUACACGCGCAACUUUCGUCCCGGCCAGUCGCUCAUCGUGACGGACGACCUGAUUGCGUGCGACGCCGACGAGCCGCCCACGGCGUACACGCGGGACCUGAUCCACGUGUGCACGCUGACGACGGACCUGAACGCCGUGCCGCGGAGCCUGUUUACGCGGCUGACGACGACGCGGGGCGUCGAGUUCGACAACCUCGACUUUACGCUCGAGAUGAUUGUGGACAGCGCGGGCCUGGGCUUUGAGCUCAAGGUGGACGGCGUGCGGUACGGGCGGGUGGAGGCCGAGUUUCACUGA